AUGUCUGAUCCGGCCAUCAAAACUCUAGAAGCCAAGUGUUUCUGCGGUGCUGUUCAUUUCACUGUAGAUAUUCCUACAGCGCAACUCCCUCUAGCAGUUCGAAUGUGCCAUUGUAGUCUGUGUCGUUAUGUCACAGGCGCACCCUUUAUCGUACACACAACUUUACCAGCUGGAGUUAAACCGCAGUUCAUUGCUCCGUCAUCAGACCAUAACAUCACAAAUUAUGCUCCAGCUGGCACGAGUUGUACACUGGGAUUUUGUUCAACAUGCGGGUGCCAUAUUAAUGCCCGCGACCCCGAGGACAGCAAUUUUUAUGUGGUAUCACCCUCUAUAUUUAGCGACCAAAGACCGGACCGUUUUCAGAUCAAGAGCCACAUCUUCUCCAAGUCUGCCAAGGAUGACGGCUUAUCUCCAAUGUUAACCCGUAUUGGCGACCGUGAGAUACCGGUUUGGAAUCCACAAGACGAUGAUCCGCGAGCUAAGAUUGUAGAAGCCGAAGUCGAAGUCGGCGAGGACGGUCAGGAGCGGCUACGUGCACAAUGUCACUGCGGCGGAGUCUCCUUCACAAUCAAGCGGCCCUCUAAGGAGGUGAUUAGUGACGAGUGGCUGUCUCAGUUUGUCUCUCCUCUUGAUGAGAACAAGUGGAGAGCUAUCGUCGAUAUAUGUGAUGACUGUCGCCUUGUGACUGGCACGCAUCUUAUUGGUUGGGCGUUCGUCCCGUUGCAAUGUUGCGAGCCCGCUAUCAAGUCAGAUCUCAAGAUUGGGGCAGCAAAGACAUAUGUUUCUUCGGCAGGCGUGCUACGCUCGUUCUGUGGUACCUGUGGGGCAACUGUCUUCUACAGCAACGAAGACAGACGGCGGGAUGACGGCCGACAGGUUGUCGAUCUUGCUACUGGAAUUAUUCGCGCUCCGGAAGGGUCAAUGGCACAGAAUUGGCUCACAUGGAGGUCCCGAAUAGCGUGGACGGAGAAUGGGAAGCGGUUUGACAAGGGGUUUACUGAGGCGCUGGAAGAAGGUAUGAACAAGUGGGCGGUAGAUACAUAUGGUGAGGAGCAGACUUGGGAAGUUGGCUGA